AUGACUACUGAAGAAGCACAACAUUAUAAUCUGACAAAUCCUCCAGAAGAUGGUAUCACUAAUGUUGUAUUUCAUCCUACUAAACAAAAUCUCUUAUUAUCUUCAUCUUGGGACAAAACUAUUCGGAUACAUGAUACAGUAAGCUGUCAAAUGAAUACAAAGAUAGAUCAUGAUACUCCCAUGUUGGAUGCUUGUUUUGGGAGUGGCGUCAAUAUCUUUAGUGCUGGACUUGAUGGUCAAGUGAAUUGGAUCGAUAUUGUCAAAGAAGAAAAGCAAAAGUUAGGUAGUCAUUCAAAGGGUGCAAGAAGUUUAUGCUGGUCAAAUAAUACAAAUAUGUUGUACUCUGGUUCCUGGGACAAAUCUAUUUGUACUUGGGAUCCACGUUCUAAACAUCAUUUGACAGGCGAAUACAAAUUAUCUCAAAAAGUGUACAGUAUGGAUAUGAAAGAGAAUACAUUGGUAGUGGCCUUCCCGCAUCAUCGAUUGUUGGUCUAUGACAUACGUAAAAUGGAUAAACCGCGCAAAGUUCGGGAUACAGCAUUGAAAUACAUGUUGAAAACAGUUCGUUUAUCACCUGAUGGAAAAGCAUUUGCAUGCUCAUCUAUAGAAGGCCGGGUUACUAUGGACUUUUUUGAUCAUGAUAAUGGUGACAAGAGAUACGCUUUCAAAUUACAUCGACAACGUCAUGGUACGUUUGCUUCAGGAGGAUCGGAUGGUACAGUCAGCAUAUGGGAUGGAGUGAAUCAAAAACGCAUUCGACAAUUUCCAAAAUAUACUGAAGAAAUCUCUGAUGUGGCAUUCAAUUGUGAUGGUACCCAACUAGCGAUUGCAAGAAGUUAUACAUUCGAUGAAGGAGAACGACCACAUGCUCCAGAUGCUAUAUUUAUUAGAACAUUAGGUGUGAAUGAUUGCAAACCAAGACCUGAUUGA